AUGGCUAAAGCUUUCUCUUUAAUUUCUUUAGUUUUCUUCUCUUUGUUGCCUCUUUCUCAAUCUUUAACUCUCUCCACAAGAGGAAGAUGGAUUGUGGACUCUCAAACUGGCCAACGUGUGAAGCUGAGUUGUGUCAAUUUGGUGUCUCAUGGACAGUCCAUGUUGACACAAGGCCUUGACAAACGACCAUUGAAUGACUUGGCCAAUGAUAUCAUCAGCCGCGAUUUUAACUGUGUGCGGUUGACAUGGUCGAUACACAUGUUUACUCGUUAUUCCCAAAUGACCAUUGUUGAUGUCUUAGAUAAUCUUGACAUCAAAAAUGUCAAAAGCGGAGUCCAGACACACAACCUUGAGAUGUUGAACAUGACCGUUGCUCAUGCAUUCAAAACUGUCAUUGAUGGCUUGGGCAAUGCCGGCCUCAUGAUUGUUUUGGACAACCACAUUAGCCAGCCGAGAUGGUGCUGUUCUCUUGACGAUGGCAAUGGCUUCUUUGGAGACCGCCAUUUUCACACUGUCGAAUGGCUUCGAGGCUUGACUUAUGUUGCUAGACAUUAUAGUUGGCAUCCUCAAGUGAUAGGAAUGAGCCUAAGAAAUGAACUCCGAGGGCCAUUUACAAACAUGGAUAAGUGGUACAAAUACGUAAGGAAAGGAAGCCACUUGAUCCAUAGAGAAAACCCUAAUCUCCUAGUAAUGAUUUCGGGUAUAAACUACGAUAACGAUCUAAGCUUCCUAAAGAAAAAGCCACUAGGGUACAACUUAAACAACAAAGUAGUGUUGGAAGCACAUCUAUACUCCUUCAGUGAGGAACCCGAAAGCAAGUUUUUGGAGAAGCCAUUAAACGUAGCGUGCGACCAUGUGAUGGAGAGAUUCGAGAGAGAAGCUGGAUUUGUGGUGGACAUGGAGAAUCCAUAUCCAUUGUGGCUUAGUGAAUUUGGGUACAAUCAAGGAGGUGCCAACGAGGCUCAGAAUAGGUUCAUGAGUUGCUUUUUGGCUCGUAUCAUUGGUAAGGAUCUUGAUUGGGCUUUAUGGGCUUUCCAAGGAACCUAUAUGUAUAGGCAAGGCCAAGAAAAUGCUGAGGAAACUUUUGGUGUCAUGGAUAGCUCUUGGACUAAAGAUCGAAACCCUCAACUCAAACAGAUGCUUCAACUUGCCAAACGAAUCAACCUAGAUCCAAAUUCGAAUGAACCAAUGUUGUACAUAAUGUUACAUCCAGUAUCAGGGCAAUGUGUCAGAUCAGAUAACGAAGGAGGGAUUGUACUUGGUGAUUGCUUGACGCCGACACGAUGGAGUCACAGUGGAGAUGGAAGUCUCCUUCAGUUGUCUGAAGGAUUGUGUUUGAAGUCGGUCGGAGAUGGGAAACCGCCAGUAGUCUCUGCUGAUUGCUCCGGUGACGGAAGCAUAUGGACGGUGGCUUCAAAGGCUAAGCUUCAAUUGGCCACCAAAAGUGGUGGAGAAAACUUUUGUUUAGAGAAGAAAUCUGAUAGUAAAAUUGUUGUGAAGAAAUGCAUUUGCCUUAAAGAUGAGUUGAAUUGCUUUGACGAUCCUCAGAGCCAAUGGUUCAAACUUGUUCCAACAAAUGUUGCUUAG